AUGGCACCCUCGCAAUACACACAAAUCGUCCUGGCGGAGAGGCCAGAGGCGGAGAUCACACCCACCACUUUUCGUCGCGAAGUUGUGCCGUUCAACCUCAAACCGGGCAGCGGGCAGGUCCUCGUGCAGGUCAACUACCUGUCUCUCGAUCCUGCUAUGCGCGGGUGGUUGAAUGACCGCAGGAGCUAUAUGCGCCCGGUGCAGAUUGGGGAGGUCAUGCGUGCUUCGGGCUUGGGCAUCGUGAUCGAGGCGGGCGAAGGCAGCGCGUUCGCGCGCGGUGACUGCGUCAGCGGCGGCUUCGGAUGGCGGGAGUACGCCGUGAUGAACGACAAGGACGUGCAGAAAGUGCAUGUCAGCCCGGGCACGGAGCUGCUCGAUUACUUGGGUCCUCUGAGUUUCACAGGUCUUACUGCGUACUUUGGUCUGUUAGACGUGGGCAAAGUGAAGCCUGGAGACAAGCUACUCGUAUCUGGGGCUGCUGGUGCUACUGGGUCUGUCGUCUGUCAAAUCGGAAAGCAGAGGGGAGCGAAGGUGUACGCAAUCGCGGGGUCGGCGGACAAGUGCGCCUGGCUAGAGAACGAGAUUGGUGUCGAGAAGGCGCUCAACUACAAGAGCCCAACAUUCCACCAAGACUUCAAGAAUUCCGUGGGGUACAUCGAUGUCUACUUUGAUAAUGUCGGUGGGGAGAUACUGGAUUUUGUGCUGACGCGGUUGAAUACGUACGCGCGGAUCGUUUUGUGCGGUGCCAUUUCGGACUACAACACCUCAGCGCCAACAGGUCUACGAGCAUACAUGAACCUCAUCUCCCAACGUGCAAAGAUCGAAGGUUUCAUCGUUAGCGACUACGAAGAGCGCUUCCCCGAAGCGCUCAAGGAUCUGGCGUCAUGGCUCGCUAGCGGGAGCCUGAAGCGCAAGUUCACCGUCGUGCAGGGGCUCGACAAUGCCCCUACUGGGCUCGGUCUACUCUUCACCGGUGGGAAUACCGGAAAGUUGGUGGUGAAAGUCACUGAAGACACGACGCCUUCUGCAAACCUGUGA